AAUAGGAGCAACAGGUUUCGGCUGCAGACUGUGGAUUUUUUAAUGUGCGAUAUCUGGACAAAAACUCCGAGAGAAUCUAAAGAAGAGCCGAUAAAAGGUGCCAAAACCACCUGAUGCUGUAGCCUAAUCUGGUCACCUGGGACUGAAGACACUCACACUCACACACACACACACACACACACACACACACACACACACACACACACACAUGGCCAACAUGGCGUCAGACCCGCCCAUCUUGACAGAGCAGCAGGAGCUGCAGAGGAGAGCCAAUCAGGUCACAGAUGAGUCCCUGGAGAGCACAAGGCGGAUGAUGCAGAUGGUUGAGGAGAGCAAAGAUGCUGGGAUCCGAGCUGUGGUCAUGCUGGAUGAACAAGGAGAGCAGUUGGAGCGUAUAGAGGAGGGCUUGGAUCAGAUCAACUCUGAUAUGAAGGAGGCCGAGAAAAACCUGACAGACCUGGGCAAGUGCUGUGGCCUCUGCUCCUGUGAUAAACUGAAGGCCUUUGAGGAGAGUCGAGCGUACAAGGCAGUUUGGGGCGGAGGCUCGGGUCAGGAUGGCGCCGUGUCCAAUCAACCGCCGUCGUCUCGAGUCGUAGAUGAGAGGGAACAAAUGAUUAUGAGCGGAGGACACAUUCGGAGGGUGACUAACGAUGCCCGUGAGGACGAGAUGGAGGAGAACCUGACUCAUGUCAGCAGCAUAAUCGGAAAUCUGAAGAGCAUGGCCCUGGACAUGGGCAACGAGAUGGACAUGCAGAACAACCAGAUCAGUCGCAUAGAGGGAGAGGCUAUUCUCAACGUGUCACGCAUCGACGCUGCUAACCAGAUAGCCAACAACCUCAUGAAGCGAUAGGAGGGUUCUUCCAUGUCACUCUUUUUCUUCUAAUUCAUCCUACUUGCAUUACUAUGCUUCUGCAUGCUGUGCCAAAGUGUUGCUGCUGGUAUUCUGGGAUCUACAUAGGCCAUUUUUAAGUAUAAUUUUCCUUCCUGUAUUAUUAUUGCUGUGAUAUUCCUAGAGACUUUGAGUCCAUUAUUCUCACUAGUGAUGUCUCAAUUAUUUUCUUGUGUUUGUAUUUAUUGUCUUAAUAAUAGGCAGUCAUAGUUUUGCUGUGAUACUGAUAUGACUGAUGAAAUAUUGAUUAUUAUGAGUCUAUUUCACAGCAAGGCCUUUGUCACUUUACAUUUCACAUUCUUUAUUUCCCCUCAAGUUGGCCUCUGAGGUCACUCGGCAGAGAUUUAGGAAGCUUUAAUGAUCCCUGUGGGGAAACUGGAUCACUGCAGCAGCAGCAGCAUCAUCACCACCACCAACAGCAGCAGAGAGCAGAAUCUGAAAGACAAAAUCUGAAAUUAUUUCACAAAAGGUGAACAUGUGGAAAACAACACAGCGUAGAGCAGCUCCUCGGGCCGGGGGGUCCAUCUUUAGCCAAUAAGUAGCCUUUUAUUUCUACCGUUCAGAUCAUUUAAUAACAAAGCUGUAAUAACUCUGUGUGCAAGAUAUAUGUACACAUUUAACAAAAAAACAUAUACAACUAUCAUUAACUAGCAA